UUGAAGGGGCACAUUCUGUUGCUGGUCACAUAUUAGUUUAUUUAUAGUGGGUUUUACUAUCAGAUAAUGUAUAUUCUCUAAUCUACAUUUUAACUUUUAGGGAGUGGAAAUUCUUAGUUAAAUGGGAUGCUGAUGUCAUUACUGCUAAACAUUUCUAAAUUCGGUUCUUUGGCGUUGGUUGCAGCUAGAUUAUGUAGCUCACAACCAAGUAAGAAUCCGGUGGUGUAUUUUGACAUUGCUGCAGAUAACCAGUCUCUUGGGAGAGUCACCUUUGAGUUGAAUGCAGAUGUGGUCCCAAAAACAGCAGAUAACUUCAGAGCACUCUGCAUAGGGGAAAAAGGCUAUGGAUACAAGGGGUCGAUAUUUCACAGGGUAAUUCCCCAGUUCAUGUGCCAGGGUGGAGACUUUACCAAUCACAAUGGAACAGGAGGGAAGUCAAUCUAUGGUGCAAGGUUUCCAGAUGAGAACUUCAAACUGCAACACGCCGGGCCAGGUGUGCUGUCCAUGGUCGAUUCUGGACCAAACACAAAUGGAUCUCAGUUCUUUAUAUGUUCCACCAAAACUCCAUGGCUGGACGGAAAACAUGUGGUGUUUGGCCAUGUAAAGGAAGGGAUAGAAGUGAUAACACAAGUUGAAAAGUAUGGUUCUAGAACUGGGAGAACCUCCAAGAAGAUAACUGUCACAGACUAUGGAGAACUUGUGUAAAAGUACUUCUUGUGUUCAUAUUUGUUGCUACAAAAAAAAAAAAAAUACUGUGAAUAAAAAGUCAUUUUUGUUUCAAUAUUUUCUAUAUUGUAACAAGACUACUCAUUCAUGUGGUAACUGUCUUCCUUUCUUCUGGUUAUGGUGUUUCUCCAUUGUUCAGGAAACUAUGCAUACACUCUUAUUACAAACAUAUUGCAAUGGUUUGACAGUAGAGGGCAGCACAGGACUGUUCUUUUGGGGAAUUUAAGAAAUGUUUUUCACACACAAAAAUAAAAACACCAUCAUAAAUACAAUAAAUAAAUCAUAAUAC